ACCUCAACCCAAAGUGCAUCCGUACGGCUUCUUCUUCCUCUAUUUUCUCCUUCGACGGUAAUUUGGAUUUUGCCGAGUUUGUAUCUGGAAUAAAAACAAGUCCCCCAAAAUGCUAUGCCAGAAUGCUUUCGCUGUUUAUUACAACACUGCAGCACCAUUGACCAGAAGGCUCGUGUCAACGCUUGCUUCUCGCAAUCUGUUCAUUGGAGGCCUUUCAUAUGAUACCAAUGAAACUAUUCUGAAGGACGCUUUUAUGAAGCACGGAGAAUUGAUUGAAGUGAAGGUAAUAUGUGACCAUAAAAGUGGGAAAUCCAAGGGCUACGGUUUUGUGAAGUAUGAGUCUGAAACUGCAGCAAGUGAGGCUUUAAAAGAAAUGAAUGGUCAGUUAUUGGAUGGAAGAAGCGUGCGUGUUGAUUAUGCCCACAAAGGAUGAUUUUCACUCAUGCCACCGCAAGGCUAUAGUAGAGCGGAGCAUUGCCCUUUUGUUACGGUCAUUUCUUUCUUGCAUGAUAUCCGGGGGCGUCCAUUGUGGUUUAGUUCAAUGUAAUACCGUACUAUUCAAAAUUUACUCCCCGUCUCAAUGUAAACAGAGACCUCCAAUGUAGUAUUCAAAAGGCCUUAUUUGUUUAAUACUUCGUGUAAUAUAUUUGAAGGAUUUUCAUCCAUCGGAAACACACACACAUGUCGUGACUGUAUGAAAUGAAGAAUAACGAUAAUGAAUCGGAGAUCAAAAU